AUGGCAGCACCACCGGCAUCGGGGCGGGCGGGGGCACCCACGGGGAAAGGCUCCCUGGAGGGGCUCGCCCCGCGUCCAUCAUUCCUAAAAUCCUCCAUCAUUCCCAAAAUCGCAUCCCAGGGCACGAGGGCGUGCUUGUCUUGGCUGCGAGAAAGCCGGGGCAGAAGUUGCUCAUUUUUAACCUUCUCCAUUAAUCUCCUGCCCGCCCCAGGCCCGGCGGUGUCCCUGUACCCGUUCGGCACGGAGGGAGGUGACAGGGAGUGCGUCCAGCGGGCGGUGGAUUUCAAUUCCCCCUUGUUCAAGCCGGAGAUCGGGUUCCCCUUCGGGAAGGCGCUGCGGGACUCCCUCUACUUUACAGACAACGGGCAAAUUAUUUUCCCACCCACGGACAACGUCGUCCCCUCCAACCCCAACCCGCCUGCCCAGGGGUUCAGUGGCCACGAGGCGCUGCCGAUGGUGGCCGUUUUUUGGGAGGAUGCUGACUUCUCACGGGGCAUCGGCACCACCUGGUACCAGGAAUACCUCACCCUCGGCUCUACCCGAGACCCCCUCGUCCGUGACGUGGAGGCAAAAAUUGAGAAAUACCUGAAAAUCCCAUACACGGCGAGAUGGACCCUGAAGGUGACGUGGGAGAAGGCCCCGGCGUACCCGUCCCAGCAGGACGAUGCCCAGACCAGCACGUACCAGGCUGUCCUCUCCACCGACGGGAACCAGUCCUUCGCCCUGCUGCUCUACCAGGACAGUGCCAUGCUCUGGGACUACGCCGGGCUGGCAGCUGGGAACGUGCUGAUCGGCUUCUCCAGCGGUGAUGGGUAUGCCCGAAACAACGAGCUGACUCAGAAGCCACCAGCAGUGAGGUACCGACCCGACCAGCACCGCAGCCCUGGCACCGACGUGCGGGGGCUGUGGCUGUACCGGCUGGACACCCGCGGCCGGGUGAAUUACCGGCUGCGGUGCCUGGCGUGGCUGGAGGCACAGCCUGCCCCAACCACCUGGAGCACGGAGCUGCCACCCUGCCCCUGCUCGCGGCCCCAGGCCGAGCUGGACCCCCGCUACCGCCGCAGCAGAGGUGCUGAGCGUGGGGCUGAGCCCCCUCCUGCAGCCGGGGUGGCUGCCACCCCAUGGGAUGUCUCAGACCCGGCAGACAGCACCGUGAGGGUGCUGCGCACCGCGUCCCCCAGCCGGGCAGGAGCUGGGGUGCGCUGUGUGUACCGAGGCACGAGCUUGCUGGAGGGCUGGCAGGAGCGAGCCUGGAGGCCUCCCACCCGUGCCACGGCUGACGAGGAGCUGGAGGCAUUCGAGUGGUGCUGCCGGCGCGUGGGGAAGCCCCGGUUCUGCAGCAGGUUUGCUGAGAAGAGACCGAGGACCGGCUGUGAGGGAUACCUGCCGCCCACCCCCGCCAGUGCCUUCGGGGACCCCCACAUCACCACCCUGGAUGGCCUCACCUACACCUUCAAUGGCCUCGGGGACUUUGUCCUGCUGCUGGCCGGCGAUGCCCGGAGCAGCUUCGUGCUGCAAGGGCGCACGGCCCGGACUGGCACAGCCCAGGCCACCAACUUCGUGGCCUUCGCUGCCCAGUACAUCUCCAGCACCACCACCACGGUUGAGUGGACUUUGGGGAGCCAGGGUGACAUCCAAGUCCUCCUGAACAACCAAACCAUCCAGUUUGCCUACUCCCAAGACAUGGGUGCCGAGGUGCACUACAGCCCUGGGGUGCUGCUGGUCAACACCUCAUCCAUCACGGCCACCUUUGAUGGCACCGUCUCCAUCUCCAUCUCAGCCAGCGCCGGGCUCCUCAGCGUGGUGUGCAGCCUGCCGGAUCGGUACCGCAACACCACCAAGGGCCUCCUGGGUGUGUGGGACAACAACCCCGCAGAUGACUUCCAGAUGCCGAACGGGACCAGCAUCCCUGUGAACAGCAGCGAGGAGGAGAUCUUCAGCUACGGGAUGACCUGGGCUGUUGGAGAGCGCAGCCUGUUCGCCCAGCCCCUGGCUGCACCGGAGAACUUCACCCCCAUCUUCUUGUCUCGGCUGCGGCAGAACGAAAGCCAGUACCAGCAGGCAGCCUCGCAGUGCCGCGGCAGCAAGGAGUGCAUCUACGACAUGCUGAGCACGGGGGACGUGACCCUGGGCCUGGCCACCCAGAGCCUCGUGGAGGACUUCCAGGAGAAGAAGACAGCGCUCAACACCUUCCCUCCCGUCAUCGUUGGUGACCCGUCCCUCACAGCCUUCAGGAUGCAGCGGGUGACGAGGCAGUACCGAGCCGAGGGGCCGGGCGCGCUCUUUGUCCCCCACAUCUCCCCAGAGCUCAACAUUUCGGAGAACGGCACCCUGACGUGGGAGCCCCGCGGGACGGCCCCGCUCAGCGUCACCCUGCAGGCCGUGGGCUCCCAGCACCUCGCCGCCCUGCUCCAGCUCAGCUUCACCCUCUGCAGCUGCCGCACGAGCCGCGAGUGCGACUACAACGACACGGCCACCGUCAACAGCUCCUCGCUGCAGCUGGCAGCCUGCAGGUGUGAGGACGGCUUCUCGGGUCCCUUCUGCCAGCACCCACCGGACCCCUGCGCCCAGGGGUGCUUCCCCGGGGUGGGCUGCGACCCUCUCACCGGCUGCGGCCCCUGCCCGCCCGGCCUGACGGGCGAUGGGAGGCACUGCUCAGAUAUCGAUGAGUGCGCACAGGGGGUGGCGUGUCCGGGGAACGGCACCUGCACCAACACCGUGGGCAGCUACACCUGCUCCUGCCCGGAUGGUGCGGAGGGCGAGGGGCCGGGCUGUGGCACAGCCUGUGGGUCCCAUUCCUGCCCCGAGGGCUUCUGCAGCAAUGGGGGUCGCUGCCACCUGCACCCCUCCUCCUGUGCGCCCACCUGCCUGUGUCCCCCAGCCUUCACCGACCAGCGCUGCCUGGUGGCAGGGGGGGACUUUCAGCCCCCGGCCAGCCCAGAUCUACCCCGGAGGAGCGUGAGGCUGCAGGUCAGGGCGCUGCAAAACGCCACAGCCGGGGAAGUCAACGCCUCCGUCUCGGCCAUCCUGGGCUCCCUGGAGGUGAAGGCUUUCCAGGGCAACACCAACAUCACCCGCAUGGCAGCUGCUGGCUUCGCCUUCGCCGUGGUGGCCGAGUUUGCCUACGGCAGCAGCGGCUCCGUGAUCCAGUUCCUGAACGAGGAGCUGCUGGGGGCCAUCGCCAGCGCCUUCAACGAGCAGCGGGGACGGCGGGACGUGGGCACAGACCUUCUCUUGGAGCACCUCCACCUGGACAACGUCACUGACGUGGUGAAGUUGACGGUGGCGGAGCUGAGGCACUACUUCUCCUGCGCUCUGUACGGCUACGAAGGCUACCAGCUGGACUACGUGGGGACCACCGGCUUCCUCUGCAUCUCCCCUUGCAAGAAGGGCUACUGCCAGCACGGCGGCCGGUGCCGGCACCUGCCCGAGGGCCCCACGUGCAGCUGCACCUCCUUCUCCAUCUUCUCCCCGGCUGGUGCACGGUGUGAGCAGCUCGCCGUCAGCCUCGCCGCCUUCCUCGGCAUCCUGCUGGGGGCCCUGGCUCUGCUCUGCCUCCUGCUCACCACCUCCUGCCUCGCCUUGCGCCUCUGCCGCCGGCACCAGGAGCCCUGGGGGACCAAGGACACCUUCUGGAGGCCUCGGCAGUUCUCCUCCCUGACGAAGGCAGCAGAGCGAGCAGAGAGCACCCGCUCCCACGGCUCGGGAAGGCUCUGGGAACCACGGCUCCAGGCCAUCGACCCAUCCGUCCAGAUAAGAAUCAAGAGACCCCAGGUCAGGGCUCCAAGCCAGCCUGCCCUGCAGCCGUAGCCUCCCUGCAGCCCCUCCAGCACCGAGACGUGGCCGCUCCCGGGGGUCCCGGCUCCGUGCCCACCCGGGGCAGGGGCAGCAUCGGAUGGGGGGCUCCGGGCACGUGCCCGCUGGGCAUGGAGCAUCGCAUCUGGGGGCUGGGGGAGGUGUCUGUGCUACAGGGGGGGAUGCUUGGGGCAGCAAAAUAGGGGUCUCGCCUUCUGCUCAGGACCUGCAGGAGUGACUGGGGUCACCCGUGGGUGAGUCUGUCUGGGGUGCCCCUGCACAGUGCGGCUGGACCCGGGGAUCCUGACCCGUUAUGAACAGAAUAAAUGUGAAAUGACAGCA